CAAAAAGUAAAUCACAGUGGACCCCUUUCAGCAAGAAUGGUUUCGUCCAAGGUCAGCCAACUUGUUCAUUUCUUUUGUUCUCGCGACCCAGACGUCGUUCAUUCAUGCGUUGCCCGUGUUUGUAUUUCCGAAAGAUGCCAAGGUGUAUGCACUAUUCUACGGGUGAUGUUCCCCGCUGAUGUUCUAUCUGAUGGGCCCGAGGAAUUACACAGACAGUCCCCCGGUAAACGGAUUAGAACAUCCCGCCUACUCAUCGCUUAGUCACCGGUCAGUCAGCUGGUGGAACCGGCGACUGUCUUCACAUAAACACGCUACAUUGAGGUGACUUUCCUUGGAAGAACUAAAGAUAGCCUACAGGGCUCCUUUUAUUUAUCUAUUUGGGUGCAAAACAACUUGUGGUCGACCUUUUGGCAGACAAUCGGAGCAGUUCACGUCAUCGUGUUGGGAUAGCUAUGCCGGUUUUGUCAGCGGUCGGCAAGGCUGAACCGAGCGGUGCUGGCCCUGAUCUUGGGUCUUGCAAUGCGCCUUGCCGGUCAGUCACCAAGAUCGAGAUUACCGGACUACGACACGAGUAAUACUCUCACCGGGUAUCGAGCAUGGAUCUAGCGGGGAAUAAGGGGUCUGAGGACCGGGGGAGGGAGACGUCUGCCCCGGUGGUGGUUGAUUACGACCCGAUGACGGGCAAGUCUGCAACAACACGAGGCCGUCAGGCACGUCACCGCAGACGAGACAGCCGAGAUGGGUUCUCAACGUGUAGUUGGUUCCGGAACGGUGGAUUCAAAUACUUGUUUGUGGUUGUGUGGACGGGUCUAAACGUAGCCGCGUUCUGGUGGAGCUACAUGCAAUAUAAAAGGGAAGCUAAAUACUACUAUCUCAGAGGGAUAUUAGGGCUUGGUUUGUGCGUCUCGCGGGGCUCUGCUGCCGUGCUUAAUCUAAACUGUGCCACAAUCUUGCUACCGAUGUGCAGAUGCCUGCUGUCGCUUAUACGGAGGUCUAAACACGUUCACCGCACGACCAGGAAGUGUCUGGAUCGCAGCCGAUUUAUUCACAUCGUGAUUGCCGUAUUCAUUUGCUUGGGAACAACUGUCCACUGCGUAGCCCAUUUCUUCAACGCCGUGAGUUUCUCCAUCAACUACAACAUUAACGUCCCCGAUGUCAACGUGGCCAGCUACCUGGGUGAGAGCCCCUGUCGAAUAAUUUUCACAACAGUGCCUGGCGUGACGGGCUGCCUAAUGCUGCUUAUUCUGGUUGCCAUUGUCCUGACGUCAUGUAGAGCUGUAAGGGCAUCCAGACAUGAACUGUUUUGGUACUGCCAUCAAUUGUUCCUUGUAUUUUACGCAUUGCUUAUAUGUCACUCCAUAAGAGGAGUAUUGAAAGAACAGCGUAACACAAACACCCACACACCAGGUUGCCUAGAUACCGCUGUACCAGCUGCAGAGCCAGAACCCGGGUCACAUGACUGGUCUGAACAGGAGUCACAUGACUGGUUCAUGAAAAUGAACUCAACGAUGAUUUGUGAGGAGGAGCCUGCUUUUGUUCCACACAGAUCUGAUACAUGGUGCUUUUUAAUCCUCCCAGCUGUCCUGUACAUUGGGGAGCGGUUGUGGCGAUUCUUCCGGAGUUACCGGUGCGUGACGGUGAUUGGCGUUCGGUUCCAUGCCUGUGACGUCAUGGAACUUCAGCUGCAUGUGGACCAAUUCGAGGCACGACCUGGCCAGUAUGUAAUGUUGCGCUGUCCUAUGGUUUCUCGUCUAGAAUGGCACCCAUUUACAAUGACAAGGUGUCCAUCUCAAAGCAACUCUACUUUCACUGUGCACAUACGAAUUCAGGGUGACUGGACAUGUUCUCUCAGGAAUCUAUUAACACAAAACUAUGAUCCAGGGACGGGAGAUAUUGAAUGCUUGAAACUUCCAAAGCUCUACAUCGAUGGGCCUUUUGGUAGUGCCAGCGAAGACGUGUUCCGCUACGACACCAGUAUAUGCAUAGCGGGUGGUGUAGGAGUCACACCAUUCGCAGCAGUUUUAAAUUGGCUUCUAGAAUCCCAAACGAAGAGAACCAAGCUACGCAGGUUGUAUUUCAUAUGGGUGUGCCGGCACGUCAAAACCUUUGAAUGGUUCACUGAGACAAUAUCUCAGCUUCAUCAAAAGCUCUGGGAGUCCAACAGACCGGACUUGCUCACCCUUAGGCUGUACGUGACCGGGGGCGAGCAAAGAGACCUCCGGGGUAGCACCGCGGCUGAGAAGCUGGUCUUCAGCCGGGUGAAGUGGGGCAGGCCCAACCUCAAGCAGCUCUUCGGUGAAGUGAUGGUGUGCAAUCCAGGGUCUAAUGUUGGUGUCUUCGUGUGCGGACCAAAGAAACUCUCCCAGCGUGUUCACAAGCAGUGCAAUCGUUGGAACCGACGGAAAGCCAAGUUUCACUACAACAAGGAAAGUUUUGGCUGAGGGCCGGAAACAAGUGUGAUGUCCCAAUAUCAUGUAGCUGCGAGGCAGAAGCCAGUUGGUUACCAGACAUAAGCGGUUUAUCCAUAUGGACAUUUAGCUGGUACCCGACUGUCAAUAAACAAAAUUUACUGUGCUCGGACACUAUGACUUCAAGCUCAAUCCCAUGACUAGGAAGGAUGAUUGGGGAUAAAAUCACCUCUGGGUUCUUAAUCCCCAAAACCUUUCCAAAACCUAUAACUUUAGCAACUGAAGAGUGCCCAAUGUCGUCACAUGAAACAAUUUCUACAGAGAUAUAGAGAGGUUUCCCAUGCAAACGGAUACGUUUAGUUCGACGGAUACGUCAUCAGUUAUGAUGCCAUACGCCACUCACUAUCCGCUAAACGUGCAGACGAAACGCAUAUCUCGCUCGCUACACGUAAGUAAAAAUCGGAUACAGAUAGCUAAACGUAAGUGUAAGCGUAUCCGUUCGCUUGCGAAACCUCCCUAUUAAAGUCAACCACACUUCUUUUAAAAUACUGUGCUGUAAUUAAUGGCAAUAUAAUUUAUGUGACCAAUAGAUGGCGCUAUAACAUAACAGCAGGAAAUGCACUUUAGGCCAAGUUCGUGCAAGGACUAUAGUUGACCAAUGGUUAACUAACGUUUGCCUGAACUCUGUCUAGUCGA